GAGGGCGCUUUGGGUAAUCAAAAGCAGACGCCGAACAACAGAUCCACUCGUCUGCUACGAAAACAACAACAUUUAAUGUUUAUUAUUUUGCUUUUAUUGCCACAAAAAUACUAAAUUGGUGCUCAGAAGUUUGAAAUGGAUGUUAAUGCAUGGCGCAGCAGCCUUGGACUUCAUAAUGAUAAGAAAUCUGGGAAGGAUGGUGUAGGAUCUGAAGGUCCAGGAAGCAGUGUUUCGAAUGACCAACCCACAUCAUCAACAACAAACAGUGGACCACAAGACAUGAAGCUAUCUGAAUCAAACAAACACAAAUCUCAUCCAGCACUUCAAAAUCAAAAGCCCACUGGCAUCAGCAGACAGACACUCAUUGUCAAUACACCGUCUCCUCGACAGCAACCAAACAUUCCAACAACACGAACACCAAUGUUUAUCAGAGCAACUUCAGUAACAGCAGCAGGAGCUCCAGUUGGUCACAUGUCAUCAAAACCUGGCCGACCCAUUCAAGUCAGGCCUUUACAACCAAGCGAUCUUCGUGUAUUCAAAGGUGCACAAAUUAUUCGUAAUCCGGUUCAAACAUCGUCAAUGAUCACUAAACCACCGAUAGCUAUUCCUCAUGGAGCCAGACAUCAGGUGAUGGCUAUGAACUCUCCACGUAUACGAACAACAACCAUCAUCCGCUGCCCUCAAGGAAGAACACCACGCCCUGCAGCUAUCACUUCCUACCAACGACAUGUCAUGCUGGCAUCAAAUUCUGUUAAUCCACUUCCAUCCAAUGCUGUUAUCAGAGGGUCACUACCAAACACAGUUUCUGUCGCUGUACCAAUUCAGAGUCCUCCUUCAUCACAUGCAGCAUAUCAUAUGUCAUCAACAGCCAGCAAUCCCAAGCACUCAAAUAUUCGACUUGUGAAGUCUACAAUCCCACAAGGGCAGGCAACUCAGAUACGUCCAGCACAUAUCCUUAAGCCUGUUGGGUAUUUAACCCCUAGAUCAGUAGGUAUUACACCAAGUUCAGACCCAUUCAUGGUGAUCCGUUCAUCAGGCCCACCAUCCAAGGUGACAGGCAAUGGAGUGAAUUCAUCACAACAGAUUCCAGUCAACGUUACACCUUGUACGAAGCCAUCUACUUCCACUGUCAUACUUCAAGUCAAGGAGAGGAUGAAAGACUUGCCACAUGCUAUUGUCAAACCACAAGUACUUACUCAUGUCAUUGAUGGUUUCAUUAUAGAGGAGGCUUCAGAACCAUUUCCAAUUUCAAGAUCUGCUAUUGUAGAGGAUAAUGUAGUUGAAGAAAGCUGUAAAACAAGCAACAAUGGAUGUGUUCUGAUAGAAGAGAAAAAAGAUGAUGAAUUACUGAAAUGCGAGUUUUGUGGCAAAAUGGACACACCCAAUAAAUUUAAACGAUCGAAAAGAUUUUGCUCCAUGGCUUGUGCUAAGCGGUAUAAUGUGGGCUGUAGUAAACGUCUAGGCCUCUUCAAACCAAAACGACUCAACGUUGAACGACUGAAACACAACAUGAAAAUGCAGAAGAGAGCAGCACCCUUGAAGGGAGUGCGGGUAAAGCAUGGCCGUCUGGCAUUCAACACCCAGCGCUUAUCAAAGGAGAAAGAGGUGGAGCAACAGCAUAAACCUCCACAGGACUGCGAUGAUGAGGAGGAAGAAGAGGAAGAAGAAGUAGAGGAGAUGGAGAAGACUGAAGAACCUAUGUUCCUUGAUGAAAGUUCUAACUCUGCUACAUUGUCUGAAGGUGCUAUGAGUUCUUGCACACCUUCAGAAGACACAACCUCCACCACACACAGAGAUGUCUCACCAAUGAGUGAGUUGGAACCCCCAGCAGAUUCAGAUAAAGAUGAUAAUGACGAACCACCUCCGCUACCUAGCCAACCGUCUCAAUGGAGCCCUCAGCAUGUGUCUCGAUUCAUCAACACUGUCCCAGGAUGUAAAGACUACGCUAAUGAGUUCUUGGCACAGGAGAUCGAUGGACAAGCAUUGAUGCUUCUAAAAGAGGACCAUCUGAUGACUGCUAUGAGUAUGAAGUUAGGUCCUGCUCUUAAGAUUAUCAGUAAAAUUAAUUCGCUGAAAGAGAAAUGAAAGACUACCAACACUCUCUAACAUGUGUCCAGCAGCAGGCUAAAGAUUACCUGCUAGUGUGUAUUUUUCCUAGACGAACCAAUUUCUUCUAGUUGCAGCUUGGACAAAAGCUGAUGAAAAAAUGCCUGAUUUGUGUUAGUAUUAAUUGUUAUGAUUGCAUGAUACGGUCUGCAAAUUACAGUACAGUAUAUCUAAUCUACUUAGCAAGUGUCAGUAGUGUAUUGUAUUAUAUUUGUUUUUAUCUGUUUUCUAUUGUAAACUUUCUACUGUAUUAUUAUUACUGUGUGUGUAUUGCUAAUUAGUACAGUAUAUACCGGUAAUUGAUAAUAUAAAUCUUGUUAUUCCUGGAUUGGCCCGCCAUUUUUGAAUCCCAUACUGUCUGUUGCUUGUAUUGUGUCUUGAGCGGUGUCUCUCCACUCUGGGGUAGGAGUGGUUAGUAAUGUGUUAAUAGCUAGGUGCAUAUUGUGAAGUAUGUUUGUGGGAAUUUAAUCAAGUAAUUUGGGUAACAUAGCAGUCUCUUGUUUAAUGAAUAAAAAAAAAACAAAUUAUGAUUAGUAGAUGAGACUUUUUAUACUUUGUUUCGCCAAAGAAUAUAAUUUUUAUUGGUGAAUGUCAACAGUAUAGUAAUGGAUGUUUAUAUAUUUAGGAAGAAAUAUACAUACAGGUUUGUUUGUUUUAGAUCGUUCAAGGUAGCAGCGGGCUACAGAAUUUUCAUUUUCUUAUUUUGAUCAUUAGCAGGAGGCAGGUUUGUUAAAUAAGGUAUAAAAAGUGUUUCACCUACAAAUCUAGUUAUAGAAUAAUACACAUUUUUGUGCUUUCCAUGAAUUGAAAAACACUGAGCUCACAGCUGGUGGUCAUUAAAACAUUUUUUUAGUCCUCGGCUUGAAAAAGCUACAGAAAUGCUGUAAAUAUAGCAACUUAAUCUAUUUAUAAAACAUAAAUAAACAGCAAAAUGCCUGUCAAA